AUGGCGGGGAUCAUAGUCGAGACUCCGAGGCUGCAGCUAAUGCAGCUCACUUCUAACGCGGAGGGCAGUGUGCACUUGGACUUGUACCACAAUGUCUGGCGAGACAAACAGGCCACCCAGUGGAGUCUCCAUGGCCCAUGCGAAAAUACGGCGGCUAGCCAAGCUUGGAUGGCGGGCGUGAUACCUUCGACGGCAGCAGAUCGGUCCGACGAGCGCGUUUGCUAUGCAGUACUUCCCCGGAAACAUAGCCAUAGGCCAGAAGCCUCAGGCCAUGGUGUUGCAGAUGAUGGUUCGGAAAGUAUCGGCAUCCUCACACUACUGCCUACAGAACCAAUCAAGGAGGAGUUGCUAGGCAGCUCAGUAGCCAACGACGCGAGCCGAGCGAUUGGCCUUGAUCUUGGAUACUUGUUCCUGCCGUCGGCAUGGGGUCAGGGCUUUGCAACAGAAAGCAUCAGAGCUUUUUUGGAACAUUACCUGAUUGAAAAGAGGAAGAGUGAUCCUCAAAUCAGGAUACAGAUACAGGCAAGCGUGCACCCCGACAAUUUCGGGAGCCUCAACGUCCUACAUAAACUUGGUUUCCAUAUCUUCGAGAGAGUGGUGGGCGAAGAAGUAGUUUUUAUUGGAGGGGCGAGCCGGAAUAAGUCUGUGGUCAAGCUUUGGAAAGUUCUAUAG